CUACGGCACUAUCCAAUCAAGACGUAGAAUGAGUGGCCCCACAGAUAGCAAUUGGAAACAGACAAAUGGGCACUCAUGCAUUCCAUCUAACUGUAAAAUUCAAUUGCACCGGUGCUUUCUUUUACAACUAAACUUAGCUUGUUCCUUUCGUGCUCCGAUUUACCACGUUUUUUGUGGAUAAGUGAUGGAAUUUCAAAAAUUAUAAAUAAUAAUAUUUUCUAAAUAGUUAUUUGAUUUAAGUUUAAUCAUGGCACAUUAUAAUUUUAAAAAUAUUGUGUGUGUUCCAAAUGCAAAGGAAUUCACUGAUAUAAUUUUGUCAAAAACACAAAGAAAAACUCCUACUGUCGUCCACAAGCAAUAUAAGAUAUCUAGAAUUCGUCAGUUUUAUCUGAGAAAGGUUAAAUUUACUCAGCAAAAUUUUCAUGAUAAAAUAACCCAAAUUUUGACUGAUUUCCCAAAACUAGAGGAAAUCCAUCCAUUCUUUGCUGAUUUGAUGAAUGUUUUAUAUGAUAAAGAUCAUUACAAAUUAGCCUUAGGUCAAUUAAAUACUGCAAGACAUCUAAUAGAUAAGGUUGCUAAAGAUUAUGCAAGACUGCUUAAAUAUGGAGAUUCACUCUAUAGAUGUAAACUUCUUAAAAAGGCAGCUCUUGGAAGAAUGGCAACUAUAAUACGAGCACAAAAUAAAAAUCUUGCUUACUUAGAAGAAGUGAGACAGCAUAUAUCUCGUUUACCAUCCAUAGAUCCAAAUACAAGAACAUUACUUAUAUGUGGGUUUCCAAAUGUCGGAAAAUCAAGUUUUAUUAAUAAGAUAACUCGAGCAGAAGUUGAUGUUCAGCCAUAUGCUUUUACUACUAAGUCUCUCUUUGUUGGACAUACUGAUUAUAAAUAUUUGAGAUGGCAGGUUAUUGACACCCCUGGUAUUCUCGAUCACCCACUUGAAGAUAGAAAUACAAUUGAAAUGCAAGCUAUCACUGCUCUAGCUCAUUUGAGAGCAUGUGUAAUUUUCAUUAUUGAUCCCUCUGAACAGUGUAAUCAUUCAAUUGAGGAACAGAUAUCUCUUUUCAACAGUUUGAAACCCCUGUUUCUGAAUAAGCCUACAAUACUUGUUGCAAAUAAGAGUGAUAUCAUUAAAGUGAAUGAGCUUCCUGAAGAAAAACAGAAAGCUAUUUCAAAUGUAACUGAAGAAGUAAUAGAGAUGAGUACAUUGACUGGAGAUGGUGUUAUUGAAUUAAAAAAUUUAGCUUGUGAUAGGCUGUUAGAACAUCGUGUAGAAGUUAAGAAUAAAAGCAACAAAACAUCUAAAAUUAUGAAUCGACUAGAAAUUGCAAUUCCUGUUCCCAGAGAUAAUAAGCAUCGAUUACCUUUCAUUCCUGAAAAAGUUGUCCAGAAAAAGCAACAGAUGGAAACUGACCAAAAGAAAAAGCUUGAGAGAGAUCUUGAAGAGGAAUUAGGGGAUGAUUAUAUUUUAGAUCUCAAAAAAAAUUAUGUAAUAGAGGAUGAUCAGAAGUAUGAUAUUAUCCCUGAAUUGUGGGAAGGUCAUAACGUUGCCGAUUAUAUUGAUCCAGACAUAAUAGAGAAACUUAACAAGCUAGAAGAAGAGGAGGGCUUAAGAGAGUCAGCUGGCUAUUAUGAUGAAAGUGAAAGUGAUGAUGAUGAAAAUACAAGAAAUAUUAGAGCUUUAGCUAAAAGGAUUCGUGAGAAAAAAGGCAUUCUUAAAAUUGAAUCUCAGUUGAAAAGGAGUAUUACUAAACCAAAAUUACCGAGAACAGCUAAAAAACGAACACGUAGUGUCAGCAGGCUGAAGAUGGAAAUGAGGCAAUUAGGAGUUGAAUUAGGGGACACAAAAGCUCAUUUUGAUGAUGCUCAAGUGGGUAGAGUGGUGAGAUCAGUCAAGCGAAAGAGAGAAGAUAGCGAAGGAAGAGUACGCAGUAGCUCCAGAAUACCUAGAGACGAAUCUGGUGUUAGAGAUGUCAAGAUGAAGAAGAGGGCUAGAACACUUUCAAAACUGUCUCAACGUGCUAGUAAUAGAUUAGCAAAGAAGGGUGAAGGUGACAGAAAGAUAUUGGACUUAAAACCAAAACAUUUGUUUGUAGGAAAACGUACACUCGGCAAAACAUCUCGUCGAUAAAUAGAGCACCUAUAGUAUUUGUUAUAAAUUAUAAAUACAUUUUAUGUUUGUAAAUUGUUAUUAAAUAUGUACUCACCUUU